UCAGGCAGUACGCGCAGGACGCGAUGAUGCAGCCGCUCAGUGCAUAGUGUCACCGUGGGAACCGGAGACAGGAGUGGACAACGGGAGAGAAAGCGAGGGGUAGAGAGAAGAGGGAAAUAAAGUGGUACAGAGCAAAGGAGAGAGAGAGAGCGCCGCAGCCGGUGUACACUUUUUGGGAUUCUAAAUUUCCUUUGUACCUCAUCCCUGUCGGAGUAAAUGAAGACACCGUGUCACGUUAAGACGAGACACUGACGGAGCACUAUGGAGAGUAAAGGCAGCCGCUGCAAGAUCGUGGUGGUCGGAGACACGCAGUGUGGCAAAACAGCACUGUUACAUGUAUUUGCGAAGGAUUCAUACCCAGAGAAUUAUGUUCCCACGGUCUUCGAGAACUACACAGCUAGUUUUGAAAUCGAUAAACAGCGGAUUGAGCUGAACAUGUGGGAUACGUCAGGGUCCUCGUACUACGACAACGUGCGGCCGCUGGCCUACCCCGACUCGGACGCCGUGCUCAUCUGCUUCGACAUCAGCCGCCCGGAGACGCUGGACAGCGUGCUCAAGAAGUGGCAGGGCGAGACCCAGGAGUUCUGCCCCAACGCCAAGGUGGUCCUGGUGGGCUGCAAACUGGACAUGCGAACGGACAUGAACACGCUGAGGGAGCUCUCCAAGCAGAGGCUCAUCCCCGUCACUCACGAGCAGGGCACGUCUCUCGCCCGGCAGAUCGGAGCCGUGGCGUACGCGGAGUGCACCUCCAAGAUGUCGGAGAACAGCGUGCGGGACGUCUUCCACGUCACCACGCUGGCGUCGGUCACGCGCGCGCACAAGCCGCAGCUGAAGCGCAGCAACUCCCGCCGCGGACUCAAGCGGGUCUCCCAGCAACCGGGCCGGACUGAGCUCCUGGAUAAUCCCCCGGCCAUGAGGAAGGACCGAGCCAAGAGCUGCUUGAUCAUGUAGAGCACCCCCUCCCCCCCCCCCCCUCCCCUACCAGACUGAACCCAGAAAAAAAUAAACUAUUUAUUGUUUUAAUCGUUUUCCUUUUUUUUUUUGCACUGUUGAGGAGAACCGGGAAAAGAUGAGGAAUAAGAUAAGAUGCUUUGGAUAUUUUUUUUUUUUGCAGCUUCUUCCAUUGUUUUUUUCACUUUUUUGGGAUGGGGAUUUAUGGGGUGUGACAGGCAACCCACGGGACAGAGAAGACAAGCGGACGUGAGAAGCGUUAGUCUGUGGGGAACGUAUUAGUCAUCGACGGCGGUUUCCUGUCAGUCCUGGCUGUGGCAGGCUGGCUGACAGCAGGUUAAAAUCUUAAGUGCAGAGAAGGACGUAAAAAGAGAAAGGCGGAAUUCUGUGGAGAAAGAAAAAAGAUUUUAUCGGAGGAUUUCGAGAAGAGUGGAGAUUUCUUGUGGCGGGACAGUUACUCUGUUCACGGGUGAAGCCUACCGUGUCAUCCCAGGUGCUUUAUUCCUAGCAUUUAAAGAAGAUGAGAGUUAUGAGAAGGCACAGGAUCAAGAGCCCUGCUUCUGCAAAGACUGGAGAGACAAAACUGUGAAAGUCUGAAAUAGUCUUAAUCAAUGAUAGCGACUUAUAAAAUGAUGUUUAUCGAGUUUUGGACCUUGGAGGAUAUGACUUUAUUGGUCAAUGUCUCACUAAUUCUUUAAACCACAAGUGCUUUCAAGAAAAAGUCACUUUAUAUAUACAUAUAUACAUAUAUAUCCAUUUGUUUUUUUAUUUUUUAUUAUUUAUCACCGUUUUCUUUUUGAAUUUUUUUUUUCAAGUGGAUGUUAAACUUGAGCUAAAACUGUCAUUGCUGUUCUGAUUUUGAUGACGUUACUUAGAGACAAGCAUUUUAAGGACAAGCGAUAGGGCUGUUUUGCAGUAUUUUCCACUGUAUCUGUGUGACGCUGAAAUAAAACAACUUGCUCUGCUACAGGGAAA